GCUUUUACUAUGAUGCUGACCUAAACAGUUCAACACUUCUCUCCUUCUCUCUCUCUCUCUCUCCCUCUGCCUCUCCCUCCCUCUCUCUUGACGUUUCCUCCUCUUGUAUUGUGAGUCAGUUUUCAUUUAAAAAAAAGUAAAGUUAUCGUAAGUCUUUAGGAACCAGUUUUCCUUCCCCCACUCUGUCUGCGAGAGUGUCCUGAAGACCGUUUUGAUGAGAACUUGUCCGGAAGCAGCACAGGCUAAGCUGAACCAGUGAAAAGAAACAACUGUGGCCAGUAGUGCUCCAUUUUCAAGAUGAAGAUCAGUUCGGGUCCCGUGGCGUUGGUGGCACCCAUUUCCACAACCACCGUUAUGCCUAUUGACACUGGAGAUAAUUCAACAGAGUCUGGAGGUCCAGGGGAGGGGAAGAAUGACGUAUUUGAAAAGCUGAAAGAAAAAUUUAUGAAUGAACUGCAGAAAAUUCCAUUGCCACCCUGGGCUUUGAUAGCCAUUGCCAUUGUCAGCGGCCUGCUGCUUCUGACCUGCUGCCUCUGCAUCUGCAAGAAAUGCUGCUGCAAGAAGAAGAAAAACAAGAAGGAGAAGGGCAAGGGGAAAAAGAAUGACAUCAACAUGAAGGACGUGAAGAACUCAGGUGGAAAUCAGGCUAAACAGGAUGAUGAUGAUGCAGAAACUGGUUUAACUGAAGGUGAAGAUAAGGACGAGGAGCCAAAGGAAGAAGAAAAACUAGGCAAACUGCAAUUUUCAUUGGAUUAUGACUUCCAGAGUAAUCAGCUAACAGUGGGAAUUAUUCAGGCAGCUGAACUUCCUGCAUUGGACAUUGGUGGAACAUCUGACCCUUACGUUAAAGUCUUCCUGCUCCCGGACAAGAAGAAGAAAUAUGAGACUAAAGUUCAGAAAAAGACUCUAAACCCUACCUUCAAUGAAUCCUUCGUAUUCAAGGUUCCUUAUCAGGAGUUGGGAGGAAAGACCUUGAUGAUGGCUGUUUAUGACUUUGAUCGAUUCUCCAAACAUGACUGCAUCGGUCAAGUAACAGUCCUAAUGACCAAAGUUGACUUUGGGCAACAGCUUGAAGAAUGGCGUGAUCUAGAGAGUGCUGAGAAAGAAGAGCCGGAGAAACUGGGAGACAUUUGUACCUCACUGCGUUACGUGCCGACAGCAGGGAAACUCACAGUCUGUAUUCUGGAAGCAAAGAAUCUAAAGAAAAUGGACGUGGGUGGACUCUCAGAUCCUUAUGUAAAGAUACAUCUGCUGCAGAAUGGAAAACGGCUCAAGAAAAAGAAAACUACAGUCAAGAAAAACACUCUGAACCCUUACUACAAUGAGUCGUUCAGCUUUGAAAUUCCAUUUGAACAGAUACAGAAAGUACAGGUUUGUGUCACGGUCUUGGACUACGAUAAGAUCGGGAAGAACGACGCCAUCGGCAAGAUAUUUGUCGGCAGCAACGCUUCGGGCACAGAGCUCCGGCACUGGUCAGACAUGCUGGCGAACCCAAGACGGCCUAUUGCACAGUGGCACUCUCUAAAACCAGAGGAGGAGGUCGACGCCGCCCUCGGCCACAAGAAGUGAAACCAUUGCCAUCUCACCACAAACUUACCAUUGAUCAGAUGCUAUCAAUACCUCAGUUACGCAUCAUUCUCCAUUAACCCUUUGGCGGUUACUUGGGCAUCUUUGCACCAUGACAAAUAUAUGCAACUUUUAUGUGUUUUGUAGUUUAUUUCUCAAUUUUUAAGAUUUCCGUGACAAACAAGAACGAGUUACAAAUUUGUGUUUUGUGCAUUAUCACAUUAACAGUCAAACCAUAUGAUUUCGCACAGUUUUUUAGUCAACCAUCCGUGAAAUAUCUGUUUUGAAAGGUGCAAAUCCAGUACUCAAAGGGUUAACACAUCUUGGAACUCAUUAACCAUCAUAAUUCAGAAUAAAUAAAUAAGCCAUCUGAGCCUCCAAGUUGUAUUCCAAAUUUCUCUAAAUGCACCCUCCUCCUUUCUGCAGUUUUAGCUCUAUUAUAAAACACUUGUUGAUAAUGCAUGGUGAUAAUCUAUUGUAAAUAACAGCAUGUUCAAUGCAAUAUUUGUGUAGGUGUACGUUGUCCAUGGUUUACUAUCACAUGCAUCUGCUGUAUAUUUUUUAUGAUGAUGCUUGUAUUUUACAUGAUGUUCAAUAGACUAGAAGAGCUAAAGUAAAACCCAGUCACUUGAUUCACCACCCAAAGACUGGUAGAGCACUGACAUCACAUCAUGGUACAAAGUGAAGCCUUUUAGUGUCCAACCUAAUGGUGAAAGCUUCCUUUACAAUCUUUUUAGACACUGCUAUUUGUCUAGUGAGGGAGGCUGGCGAGACAUAUUCAAGGCACAUCUAUGAAUGUUUUAAUUAAAAAAUUGAAAAUGUUCAAUUAGGAAGAGGUUUCAUAGGACAUAAGCCCCAUUAUACCAAGGCCAAGGAGAAAAAAAUAAAACAUUGUAGAUGUUGAAAUUGGACCUCUUUCAGUAUUGAGUAUAUCUAAACAAAAUUAACAAAGGAUAGUAGCUGUAUCUGGGGAUCUUUGAAGGAGUGGUCAAUUAAUAUUCCUCGUUGAUAUCUACAUGGUGUUAGGGGAAACUCAAAUUAGCUUGACCUUCAAUCUGGAUCUAAUUCUCUAUGAGAUCCUUUUCCAUAAAGGUAAUUCCACAUAAUACAUAUAAUACAAUACAGAUGUGAAACUGGUGUGGAAUAUGGUUUAAGGGAAAAAGGUUUGCUUAAUUUACACAGCGGGUUCUCAGUACGUUUAUUGUUCAGAUCAUCCGGUUUGAGAUGUAAAGAAGAGUAGACGGAUAGCAACAAGUCAACAAAUGUCCUGCCCACCUACCCAACCGUGAUGUUGCACUUUGCCAGUCUGCUGCUGCUGAUCAUUGUGUGUACACUAUUAGGAUAGGAACAAUUGCUGAAAGCAAUGUAUAGUUAACAUUAACACGCAAAGAAUAAAUGCACUGAUGUCUUUAAGAUUUCAAAACGAUUGAAGAAGUUACCAUGCAUUGCAAUUUGGAUAGUCAAAAUUGAUGGUCUGUUUGUACAGUAACAAAUCUUACUAAUGAAACUGCUUAGGACUGAAUUUUUUGAUGGAUUAUUAUAAUAUUACCUAUCGCUUUUAAAAGAUUGCAAUCAUUAAAGUUUUACUGUACAGAGACACAUUAA